GCGGGAAAAAAGAUGGCGGCGAGGACGAUGCGAGCGAGAGACCGACUGGGAGGCGCUCAGCCGCUGGAAGACGAAUCAGAUACGGACGGAGUCGACGGGGAAGCGAGCGUAAAGAGUUUCGUAUCGUCGAAGCUCUACGCGACGCUCCUGGUGCUCCCGGGAAUAAUUCUCUACGUCUACAUCCUGUACAUCAUCUUAGCGAACCUCCUCUACCCGUGCUCUCUUAGUCCUUUCUUCCCUCGCAACCGCUCCUCAUCCUCCGCUACUUCUGAUACAGAUGAAAGCGCGGGUUCCCUUUGUUCCCUGAGGAGUGCAAUUCUAAAUAAUGCCGCCCUCCUCGUUCUCUUCGCGGCGCAGCACUCGCUGAUGGCCAGCAACGGUUUGAAACAGCUGUGGAACACUUUAGGGCUGUCGGCAAUAUCGAGACUUAUGUACGUCUUCUCAACAUGCUGUACCAUACAGCUUAUCCACCAUUUCUGGACUCCAACUCCCGCACACACCCUAUGGGAGUGCCAUGGCUACCUCCUAACACUGUCACUCAAGGCUGUUCACAGUGGCUGCUGGCUCUCAAUCGCCUGUUCUCUCUUUACCAUCGACUACCUCGAACUACUGGGCAUCAAGCAGUUGUACUAUUCCUACAACGGUUUCGGCGAUCCCCUCCACUACAAGUCGGCCGAACAGCAAUAUCUUCUUCGCCACAUGCGCACCAAUCAUGAGCGACCUCGUAUCCCCUCAUGCGGCCGUGACCCGUAAUGUCCUGCGACAGGCUACUCCUUGCGUGAUGCUACCGCUCUACUUGGCCUGGGCUAGCGGGAUCAGUGCACUGACAUGAAGUACGUUAGGACGCAGUUUUAAUCAACAAGUGGAGACAAUUGCUGAAGGAUCAUCUAGGUGAAUUUCUGAACUUUUUUCUGUGUGUUACACUUCCUGCUACAUUUCCUCUCUUAGUCAUCAUGUUUCCCCCUCAACUCAUGUAUUGUCUUGUAUACAUUGUAUACAGCAUUCAGAAUUUGUUAACCUUUUCUGAAAGGA